AAAGAGAAAUAUUUUUUUACAGAAAUUAAUCGGUUAAAUAGUAAAGUGGAUUAUUUAAAUACUGAAAGUGAAUUACUUGUUAAAGAAGUUAAUUCUUUGACUGAGUGGGCUUUUACUAAACU